AUGUCUCCGAAAUCCGAGCUUGACCCUCUGCUCCCCCAGAACGACCCGGCGCCAGAGAUCCAAGGCUACGGCUUUUCCAAGUACAGGGGCUACGAAGGCAUACAACCGGCAGAAGAACACAAGGAGUCUUUGAGGCGAUGGAACGAAGAGAUCCAGUCCCGGCCGGGGUAUGGAGAUGCCGGAGCAGAAGAAGAUGGGGAUGAUGAUGACCACCGGUCCCUGUCGUUCGAGUCCACCAAAGGCGCACUGAAUAAGAUCGCCUCGAUAUUCUUCAUCGUGGUCGUGUUUGGCCUCGUGGCCACUUUCCUGAGCCCCGAUACAAGUGGCCCAGAUCCCAUACCUACACCGAGACCCAUCGUGCCCGUCCCCAACCCUCGCCAGACGAUCGAGGAACGGGCGCUGGCCAUCCUCACCCACACUCCCCUGAUCGACGGUCACAAUGACCUGGCGAUAUUCAUCCGCGGCGCGUACAAGAACAAACUACACACCAAGGAGUUCCGGGACAAGUUUGAAAACGGGAACAUGGAGCUGAAUGUCGACCUGCCCCGGCUGCGCAAAGGGCUCGUGGGCGGGGCGUUUUGGAGUGCCUUCGUCGUGUGUCCGGAGAAGGCCAGCGAGGACUUUUCAGACGAGCAGUAUGCCACGGCCGUGGCGCACACGUUGUCCCAGAUCGACUUGGUCCGUCGCUUGCAGGGGGAGUACACCGGGAACUUUACUUCGGCGACGUCGCCGCUUGAAGUGGCACUGUCGAAUUUCCACAGCACGAGGCGCCUGAUCUCGCCGAUCAGUAUUGAAGGACUACACCAGGUUCCGCAGUCUGCACCGUUGUCCACGCUACGGUUGUACUACGCCCUGGGCGUGCGGGCGGCGACGCUGACCUGGAACUGUCACAAUGCAUUUGCCGAUGCAGCGUUGAUUUCAACAGGGAAUGGCACAAGCAUUGCUCCUUACCAACGCGGUGGACUGACUUCAGCCGGGCGUGAUGUGAUCCGCGAGAUGAACCGCCUGGGAAUGCUCGUUGACAUCUCGCAUACGUCGUACUGGACGCAGAAAGCGGUGUUGAGCAACGGCACCUCGGCGGCGCCCGUCAUAUACUCUCAUUCAUCGGCAUUCGCAUUGUGUCCACACCCGAGAAACGUCCAUGACGAUAUUCUAGAUCUAGUCAAGGAAACGAAAUCCCUGGUGAUGAUUAAUUUCAGCCCCGGGUUCAUCUCAUGCUUACCUCCUGCGAAUGAGAGCGUGUUGCCGGAGUUCUACGAGAAGAACAAUACCUUGCACCAAGUGGCGCGACAUGUUAUGUAUGUGGGCGAGAAGAUUGGAUAUGAUUACGUUGGUUUGGGCAGUGACUUUGAUGGGAUGGGCGAGCUGACUCCCCGAGGGUUAGACGGGGUGGAUAAGUAUCCCGAUCUGAUCGCAGAGCUGUUGAGGCUGGGUGUCAGUGACGCAGAUGCCGCGAAGGUUGCAGGUGGAAACCUGAUUCGAGUAUGGAAGACCGCGGAGGCCGUUGCAACCAAAUUGCAGCGGCAGACUCUGGAGGGCGAGGACGAAGUGAGCGGGUGGUAG